CCUUGGCUGCGUCCCUUGGCUGCCUCUUGCUGCCUCUUACUGCCUCUUGCUGCCUCUUGCGGCUUCUCGAUCCCUCCCUGUCCUUCGCUGUCCCUCUCCGUCCCGAGUCCGUCUGUUUUCUGUCGCACCCUCUCGCCGCUGGACCCUCCGGCUCAGCUGUCCUCUGGUCUCCGUCUCCAAGUUGCCUUUGCCCCCCCCCAGCGACCCUCCCCUUCCUUUCGCCGCCUCCCAGCUCGAUCCGCUGCCUCCGUUACCGCAGCUCUUCCUCGCUCGCUCGCUGGCUCGCUUGCAGGCUGCUCCUCUGAACCAUCGUCUUUGCCAUGGGCAACGCCGUUUCUCUCACCAAGGAGCAGGCUUCGCUCGUACUUGCGUAUGCAUACAGCCCCCAGAGCGACCUGCCGCCGCCGCUGCCAGCCGUCGUCGAUGACGGUAUCGACAACGACAACGGCCGGCAUUCUCUGCGCAUCUCGGCCAACAACCAUGCCGCUGGUCCUGCCGGCUUUGAGAUCGAGCAUAGCCGGUUCAACGAACUGCUCAGCCGGGCUCGAGACCUGCAUGUAUCCUCGUCGGUCGCCCCGUCUCGCCCCGAGCCCCUCGACCUUUCGCUCAAGCCCGUUCGAUUUGGGCAGCUCACUUCGCUAUUUGUCAUCGGUCUGUGCUCGCAGUCCAUCGUCAAGAUCACCGAGAACAUUGGAUUGCUCGAGUUUACGACGACGCUGCAGCUCUGUUGCAACUCGAUCAAAUCCAUCCCUCCCGAGAUCGGCUACCUGCGCUCGCUCAAGAUCCUAUACCUCUCCCGGAACGAGCUGACCGAGCUGCCGGACACGAUUGGCUUCCUGACUUCGCUCGAGGAGCUCAAGGUCGGCAGCAACAAGCUCACCGCCCUGCCGGCCUCCAUCUCGUCCUUGACCAAGCUCAACAAGCUGUAUCUCGACCACAAUCUGCUGACUCGGCUGCCGCCUCAAGUCGCGGCGCUCAAGGCCCUCGCCAAGCUGGAUGUCUCCCACAAUCCGAUUCCCUUCCUCCCGGCCGAGCUCACCCGGCUAAAGUACUUGCGCGUGCUGCAAGUCGACGGAUGUCCCUUGGCUGAAACACCCGAAGCCGCUGCUGCGAUUGACGAGGGCGACCGCAGGGCUCGUCGGCGGUUUGUCCAGGGCCAUUCCCUCGAGUGCUCGCCGUCCGAGUCGGUCCUGCAACGCAUCGAUGACGACAGCGAGCAUACCUUCCCAACGCUGCGGGAGCUGGCGGCACGGGUUCUGGUCCGCCAGCAGAUUCCCAUCCUGCGCAUUACCCAGGACGAGAUCAAGGAGUACCUCGGAUCGUCGUCAAAGUGCUCCUUCUGCUCGGGGCCGUAUUUUGAACACUACACCACCCGUUGGCGCAUGUGGGAGCGGCCGGGUCCCACUGUGAUUCCCAUCCAGUACCGACUCUGCAUCCCACACUGGAACACGGAUGCCGAGCGCCUGACGGUGCUCUUCCGUGCGCCUCCCUCGACGGCCCCGUCGCCGUUCCAGUCUCUGUCGACGACGCCGGUCGGCACACCUCCCCCAGAGCGGCGAAGCCUGGCCACCCGCCUGGAUACCCUCUCGGGCCGCUCUCGGUCCUCGUCGGCCUCGUCGUCGCUCGCUCUCGAAGGAACCCUGCCCAUCAGUGCCCUAUCCAAGAGUCCGAGUCUGCCUUCUCUUCCCGAGGCUGCCGAUCCCAAGGGGCUCCGGAACAAGAUCGUGAGAACCAGCAUGCGCAUGAGCAAGUCCUUCAGCUUUGGAUCUCUGUCUGCGUCGCUACCGGAGUGAGAAUCGCCGCGACUCGGCAAGUCCUCUCGGGUAGUUGUGAAUGAUGCUCACCCGAGCAGCCCACAGAUGUCUGCUGAGCCGUGAGUCGAGCUGGACCGCGAGUCCAGACCACAAGCACGACCCAUGGCCUCGACAUGAUCUCGGCAGGAUCUGGAUGCCCGUCCGUUCACACGGAUAUCGCCAUGUGACUGCUCCUGGCUCUUUUUGUUUCCUGGCUGAUGAUGCCCUUCCCCCUGUGCGAGUGAUCCCUUUCUUGCACCUCCAUUUC